AUCUCUUCUUUUUUCUCCUUUGCCGGCUAUGUGGAAAAUGCGUUCAGUUUUAUGGCUGUUGUUGCUUCUUUGUUGCUCAGCUGCAUUUGUUGCUGCUCAAAGAUCUAGCAAUGUUACCUCUAAAUGGCUAACACUCAGCGGAGAUGCACCAAAAGUCAUAGCUCGCGGCGGAUUUUCUGGGUUACUUCCUGAUUCAAGUUUCAAUGCCUAUAUGUUGGCAUCAGCAAUUAGCUUGGCUGAUUGGAUUGCUUGGUGUGAUGUUCAACUCACAAAAGACGGGGUCGGCAUUUGUUUUCCUGAUAUCAAGCUCGACAAUGCUUCUAACAUCGAUACUCUCUUAGAAAACAAGCAGAGUACCUACUUAGUGAACGGAGUUUCUCAGAAAGGAUGGUUUUCUGUAGAUUUCAACUUCAAGGAUUUGAUGCGUGUCAUCUUGAAACAAGGAGUGUAUUCACGACCGCCUAGAUUUGAUGGCACUCCCCAGCAAAUUCUUACUGUCCAGGAUGUAGCUACCCAAGUCAAACCUCCAGGAUUCUGGUUGAAUAUCCAGCAUGAUUCCUUCUACAGCCAGCGUAAUCUGAGUAUGCGAAGCUUUGUUCUUUCCCUAGCUAGAAGUGUCAUUGUCAACUAUAUUUCAUCACCUGAGGUGAAUUUCCUCCAAAAUAUCGCAUCGCGAUUGAAUGCAAACGUGACAAAACGUGUUUUCCGGUUUCUCGGCAAGGAUGAUAUCGAGCCAUCAACAAAUCAAACAUAUGGUUCUUUAGUAAAGAAUCUCACAUUUAUUAAAACCUUUGCCUCUGGGAUUCUUGUUCCCAAACACUAUAUCUGGCCAGUGGACAGCAGCUUGUACUUGCAGCCACAUACUUCAGUCGUUUUGGAUGCUCAUAAGGAAGGUCUGGAGAUUUUUGCAGGCGACAUUGUUAAUGACGUACCUUUUGCUUAUAAUUAUAGCUAUGAUCCUGUAGCUGAGUAUUUAUCGUUUAUUGACAACCGUGAGUUCUCGGUGGACGGAGUGCUAUCUGACUUCCCAAUGACUCCAUCUGCAUCAAUAGAUUGCUUCUCUCAUUUGGGCAAGAAUGAUAAACCUCAAGUAAAGCUUCAGAUUAUUUCACCUGAAGGAGCAAGUGGUGACUAUCCUGGUUGUACAAAUUUAGCAUAUACAAAAGCUGCUUCUGAUGGUGCAGAUGUUCUUGGAUGUCCUGUCCAAAUGACAAAAGAUGGAAUACCCUUCUGCCUCGGUUCGAUAAAUCUGGUAGACAAGACCACUGCGGCCCAAUCGUCAUUCAGUACCAUUGCUAAAGAUAUCCCAGAGCUUCAGAUAACAAAUGGAAUACUCACCAUCAAACUUACUUGGAGCGAUAUUCAAAAGCUGAAACCGGCAAUAUCAAACCCGUAUUCAGAGUAUAGAUUGUAUCGGAAUCCAGAGGCCAGAAAUGAUGGGAACUUUAUGUCGUUAGCGGACUUCUUGACAUUUGCCAAAAAUGCUACUUCUGUUUCUGGUGUAAUGAUAAACAUAGAGAAUGCAGCAUACCUGGCAAAGCAGGGAUUAGAUAUAACUGGUGCUGUAAUGAACACCUUAAGCAAAGCUGGUUACAACAAUCAGACAGCUAAGAAAGUUAUGAUCCAAUCAAAUGACAGUUCUGUUCUGGAAGAAUUUAAGAAAAAUAGUUACGAACUUGUUUAUUUGGUUGAUGAUGAUAUCGGUGAUAUUGAGAACUCAACUUUAUUGGAGAUCAAGACCUUUGCAAAAUCUGUUGUCAUAACCAAGGAAUCUGUCUUCCCCAGGGAUGACGCAUUUCUCAUUGGUCAAACGAAUGUUGUGGCGAAGCUGCAGUCAGCAAAUCUCCCAGUAUAUGUACGAUUCUUCAACAAUGAGUUUGUGUCUCAAGCAUGGGACUUUUUCUCAGAUUCAUCUGCUGAGUUAAACAACCAUGUUCUUGGAGCUGGCAUUAACGGUGUUAUUACAGCCUACCCUGGCACAGCGGUUAGAUACCGAAGGAACCGCUGUUUAGGGUUCAAAGUUUUGCCACCGUAUAUGAGCCCUGCUCAACCUGGGAGUCUCCUGGGUCUCAUGGCUCCUCAGUUUAUGCCACCAGCCGAAGCUCCCAACCCGGUACUCACUGAAAGAGAUGUGACUGAGCCACCUCUUCCACCUGUUGCAAAGAUUAACCCAGCUAGCGACAAUGGGUCUACAGCUGCUGGUCCCAAUCCUCCUCCAAAUGGCCAAUCCUCACUUGUUGCUAGCAUUCUCAUGAGCUCAGUUGCAAUUCUUCUUGCAAUGAUCGUGGUAUCUUGAUGACCAUUUCUGCCUUGGUUGCACCAUUUUGUACAAUUUGUUUCGGCAUCUUACUGAUAAAACUUCUGGUAAAUUAUGGAGUCGCACAUGGCGGCUGCAGUAGUCUCCGAUCAGCAGCUCGCUUAACAUGUAAUUGUUUCCUUGUAUUUUCCACGUACCAAAUUUUCAGCUUUUGUUUAUUCUUUUCAUUCUUCCUUGUCUCUAUUUUUCGUCCCUUUCCUCUCCUUUUUCCAUUUGGGGUCAGAUUGAGCGGGUGUUGGGGUUAAUUGCCUAUUUAUUGUAAGAAUUCUGUAUUGGAUAUAAGCAAUGAUCAAUGUGUAGUUAGUAUUUUUCAUACACAACCUUUCUGUUCCAUUCAUGUAACCUGCGAUUGCAAAUAAAUGUUGCAGACCUAUUGACUUAUGA